AUGUCAUGGCGGUUUCGAAAUAGUUGGCAUGCAAGCGCUUGCGCCCGAAACUUACAAAGGCACUCCUCCAGUCAGGUCCAGCCCCAGUCAACCGCGCUCCACUUUUAUCAAAAUCGCCAGCUAGAGCUCUAUGCUUCAAAGGAAGCAAACAGGCUGAGCCUCCGACAGCUCGUGUUCUUUGGGCGGUCUAUGAACGAGGAGAAACUGAUAAAGAGCGCUAAUUAUGUCCGCACCGAGCUGCCUGUCCGCAUCGCGCACAGGCUGAGGGAUUUGCAAGCCCUUCCGUAUGUAGUGGUAACUCAGGAGGGCGUAGCUCAAGUCUAUGAGUUGUAUUGGUCCGCAUUUGAGAAGUUUCGACGCUACCCCCAGGUCACCACCUUGGAAGAGAAUCAGGCGUUUUGUGAGUUCCUCGAGAGUAUUCUGGACGAGCAUGCACCCGUCAUACCAAGUCUGUCGCUGGGACUCUCCCUUUCAUCUCCGCACCUUCCACCAGAUUGCCUAGAUGCAUUCAUGAGACGCAUGCUCGUAUCCCGAAUCUCAAGGCGUGUUCUCGCCGAACAUCACCUUGCGCUCUCGAAGUCGCUCGCAACUAACAGCCUCAAUCUCCCUGAUGACCCACAUGUCGGCAUUAUUUACACGGCGCUCAACCUUAGACAUUCCAUCGACAAGUGCGUCGCGCUCUUGCGUGGCAGGCCGCACGAUAUAGAAGAUGAAAUUGGGGAGAGCGUGCCAAAUCGUGGAUGGCCGGAAGUGAUUGUUGACGGUCAUGUCGACACUAAGUUCUCCUACAUACGCGAACACCUCGAGUACAUUAUAUUUGAACUUCUCAAAAACGCAAUGACGGCUACUGGACUGAAUCAUCGGAGUUCAUCUAGCCUUCCUCCUAUACGCGCUACCAUCGUUGUUGGCGAGAACGACGUUGGGGUGAGAAUAUCCGAUCAAGGUGGUGGUCUGUCAUCAGCUCGGAUAAAGUCACCCUCCGACCUCUUCUCUUUCUCUCACAUCCGCAAUGCAACACGCAUGGAUGACACACGGCUGGGCGCACUACGCUCCGCAAGCUCAAGAGGCGUCAAAGCGACUGUUGCAGAGCAAAUACGCCCAUGGCGGACUGAACAGUCGAAUGUGAAUUCAAACAAUAAAGAUCCUGAACGUGAGGCUGGCAUUGCGCCACAUCCCAAAAUUGGGCUGGGACUGCCUAUGAGCAACAUAUUUACAACGUAUUUCGGAGGUACCCUGGAGUUGGUUUCCCUGGAUGGUUGGGGAACGGAUGUUUAUUUACGCUUGCCCAAGCUGGGCACGAACCUUGAGGGUAUUGAGCUAUAG